AUGUCAGAUAUUUCUAACGACCCAGUGGCUCAAUUUCAAAACAUUACUAGUAGUGCUACCAAUGGUAGUACUGCUGCGGCAACUUUUGUCAAUUUCGCUAUCAAUUAUGUGAAAUCUUUGUCUUACUUCAAGAUUUUUGUGUCUUUAGUCUGUAUCCUGGUAGUGUGGGAUCAGGUCUCUUAUCAGGUGAAGAAAGGUUUAAUCGCGGGGCCAAAAUGGAAGUGGUACCCAAUUAUUGGCCCAUUUUUGGAGUCUUUAGAUCCAAAGUUCGAGGAAUACAAGGCUAAGUGGGAUUCUGGUGAUCUUUCGUGUGUUUCUAUCUUCCAUAAAUUCGUUGUGAUUGCAUCCUCCAGAGAUUUGGCGAGAAAGGUUCUACAAGCUCCAAAAUACGUCAAGCCAUGUGUCGUUGAUGUCGCUGUCAAGAUUUUGAGACCUUGUAACUGGGUUUUCCUAGAUGGUAAAGCUCAUACCGAUUACAGAAGAUCAUUGAAUGGGUUGUUUACCAAACCUGCCUUGGCACAGUACUUACCUACUUUAGAGAUCCUUAUGGACAAAUACAUUGACAAAUUCGUGCAGUUAUCUAAGGAUGUGAACUACGAACCACAAGUUUUCUUCCAUGAAAUGAGAGAAAUUUUGUGUGCAUUGUCUCUAAAGGCCUUCUGUGGUGACUAUAUUACGGAGGACCAAGUCAGAAAGAUUGCUGAUGACUACUACUUAGUUACUGCUGCUAUGGAAUUGGUCAAUUUUCCUAUCAUUUUGCCUUUCACUAAGCCUUGGUACGGUCGUAAGACUGCUGAUGCUGCCAUGAAAAUCUUUGAAGAAUGUGCACAAAUGGCUAAGGAACACAUCUCUAAGGGUGGUAAGCCAAUCUGUGUGAUGGAUGCCUGGGUCCAAUUGAUGCACGAUGCUAAGACAAAGACUGAUGAAGAAUCCAGACUUUUCCACAGAGAAUUCACAAACAAGGAAAUUUCUGAAGCUAUCUUCACAUUCCUAUUCGCUUCACAGGAUGCUUCCUCUUCCUUAGCUUGUUGGUUGUUUCAAAUCGUUGCUGACCGUCCAGAUGUUCUACAAAAGAUUAGAGAAGAACAAUUGGCUGUUCGUAACCACGAUAUGUCUACCGAAUUGGAUAUUGAUUUGAUUGAUAAGAUGAAGUACACAAACAUGGUGAUAAAGGAAACUCUACGUUAUAGACCUCCAGUGCUAAUGGUUCCUUAUUACGUGAAGCAGAAUUUCCCAAUUUCUAGUAACUACACUGCUCCAAAGGGCUCUAUGUUAAUUCCUACCCUAUACCCUGCUCUACAUGACCCUGAAGUAUACGAAAACCCUGAUGAAUUUAUUCCAGAGAGAUGGGAAGAGGGCUCUCCAGCCAAUGCUGCCAAGAAGAACUGGUUAGUCUUCGGCUGCGGUCCUCACGUUUGCUUGGGUCAAACUUAUGUCAUGAUCACUUUUGCUGCUCUACUGGGUAAAUUUGCCCUACAUACCGAUUUCAAACACAAGGUCACUCCUCUGAGUGAAAAGAUCAAGGUCUUUGCCACAAUUUUCCCUAAGGAUGAUCUUCUACUAACAUUCAAAAAGAGAGAUCCAUUGAGUGGUCAGAUUUUUGAAUAA